CUGCGUCAUGUAUCUCUUAACAAUCUGAAAUAUCUAAUAAUACAUCAUAAAAGAUGAUUUUUUUGUAGACUGGCUAAAAAUGUUUCUGCUGUUUGUUAAUAUGCAUAUACUCUUUGCAUCCCACUGAAGAGUAUACUAAUCUGAAUAGAAACAUAUGAGUGAUUGAAUAAUAUGCGUCGUGUUGCCCUUGCGCGUUCCGCGUCGCCUACGCAGCCGCCGCCGUUUGCCGCCGUUCUUGCCGCCGGCGAACACAGUUAUCCUCCGAACGUGCAUCCGAACGCCUCGGUACACUCCACGCAACAUAACGCGAUCGUAACUUUAACUUUAUUAAAAUAAAAUAAAUAAUAUAUUUCAAAUGUUUAUCAAAUAAAUUUAAUUAAAAAUAACUAGUGGUAAUAUAUAAAUUUUAUGUCAUUUAAUAAUAUAAUUAGUGAAUUAAUUUAAAAAACUUUUUGUGAUAAAAUUUAAUAGAUUAGAAAAACUUUCAAUGCAAACUGUUUAAAUUCAGUUUAGCUGCUCGGUAAAGUGAUGGUAAAGUUGAUUUAAUGACCGCCGGAUAACAAGUUUAAAAAAGUUUAUAACGUAAUUUAUGGUCAUUUUGAUAAUGCAAAUUACGCGGCGUUAGUGUGUUGAUGUGACGCUAGAACGAAUUUAAACGCAAACUUUAUUUGUAACGCCGCAUAAAUAAUGUGAACUGGUUUAGUUAAUAAUAUUUAUAUUGUACCUACGUGCAUUUGUGCAUUUAAAACAGAAUCUUGUGUGGGCGCCUUGAGGAUCAUUUAAAAGACUUUGUCAGCCUUUGGCAACCCCGAAUUGAAUUCGGUCCCGGUUUGCGGUGCGAACAUAAAUCAUCACGCGAGAUCAAGGCAGCUCGAGGGCGACAAUCAAGGAUGACUCAUGUGAAUCAUAUCAGAAAAGCAUCUAUUGAUUAAUUAACUUGUGUGAAACAAAAAACUGGUAAUUGUUCUCGGUAUAAGUGAAUAUUAAUAUGUGAGUGGCGUAAUGUCGUGCAAAAAAAUUGCUACUGCCAUUCUCAUGGCAUGCUCGUUAUUUGUCGUCGAUGCGCAUCGACUGGAUGCUGGGAAGAAUGGAAAAAUGGAUGAGAACAGAAGCGAAAGAAGUUACAAUUACAACGACGCCAAAAAUGACUAUCUGGAACUAAACGUCCGAUCCGCUCCAGUUCUACAUACCACAAGAAGCCCCGGCAACAAGGACACUCACCACUCCGAUGGACGGUUGUUAAGCAACUCUAAUUACGCCAUGAGCGGCAUGAAAGUUGCUGUGCGCAAGAAUUACUCCGGCGAUGCACGCCUGCAGAGCGAGACAAACGUAAUUAGUCAAAGCGACGUUUUGCACCUCAACGGCACCGAGGACUACAGAGAUGACAUCGUCACUUUAAAUGUCGGAAUCAACGCCAGCGCCGGUACCAGAUCCAACGAAGAAAUGGAGGACAAUCUAACAAUGGUGUGGUGGGUGCAACUAGCGUGGGCCAGCGUGUUUGUGCUUAUGAUUCUCGUCGCCAUUGGUGGCAACUGCAUUGUUAUGUGGAUCGUUAUAGGCCAUAAGCGGAUGCGCAGUGUUACCAACUACUUCCUAGUGAAUCUCAGUUGCGCUGACCUGUUACUCUCCAUUAUGAAUUGCUUUUUCAAUUUCAUCUAUAUGCUACAAGGAAAUUGGCAAUUUGGUGGAUGGUACUGCACCGUGAAUAAUUUCAUCGCUAAUACAACCGUCGCUGCGAGUGUAUUCACACUUACGGCCAUGUGUUGCGACAGGCAUUUCGCUAUCGUUCACCCUCUGCAUCCAAGAAUGUCCAAGGUCACAGCGGUUGUAGUCAUCGUGAUGAUUUGGUGUUUGAGUAUGGCGCUUGCAUCGCCAUGUUUACUGUAUUCAACCACCAUUACAUACAGAUCAAAUAAAGUUGAACGAACAGCUUGCAUUCUCAUUUGGCCAGACGGACAGCCCACUGAUUCGAAUAUGGAUUUUGGUUACCAAGUGCUAUUCCUAGUCAUCACCUACGUUGUGCCCAUGGCGUUGAUGUCCUUCUUCUACACUGGCAUUGGAAAAGUCCUCUGGGGGUCGGAAUCUAUUGGAGAGAGGACACAAACGCAACUUGAUGCCAUCAAAUCAAAACGGAAGGUGGUUAAAAUGAUUAUCUUCAUUGUGCUGGUAUUUGCCUGCUGCUGGCUGCCUUACCACGUGUACUUCAUCUACACACACUUCGAUCGCAGUAUUCUCUACACACGUUAUGUGCAGCACGUGUAUCUUGCGUUUUAUUGGUUUGCGAUGUCGAACGCUAUGGUUAAUCCGCUGAUCUACUACUGGAUGAAUGCGAAGUUUCGAGGUUAUUUUCGACGUGCAAUCUGUUGUUGGCGUCCAUUGGAUCCAGAAUUAGACUCAAACUUCAACGGACGCACCUUUAAAUCAACACGUUUUGAAGACGAAGAAACACGAAUAUCUCUGCGCCAGUUGAAGCAUAGCUACACCCAGUCUACAACCGCCAGCAAGAAUCACCACAGCAGAUAGCAGUCGUACAGCAGCAGGCGCUCGAUGCAGGGUCGGGAGAGCA